UUGAGUGUAGAAUUUGAAGGAAGGACUCUUUCUGGACCACACAACAGACAACACAGAAUAGCGCAGUAAACUCCCCCGUAUUUUGCGUUCUGCUCAUAAAUCUCUGUACUCUACACGCCUUUGCCUCCACUUCUCCUAUGAUUCCAAUUUCAAACUCCCCAAAAUGCUGCAAAAGCCUCAAGUGGAGCACAAUGAAUUGAAUUGCAAGUGGAAUCAUGACAAACUCCAUUCUCAGCACCCUCUUCUUCUUACCUUUAAUUCAACUCGUUGCUACUUCUGACCCAUUCGUCGGCUUCAACAUUGGCACCGACGUUUCCAACCUCUUAAAACCCACAGAAAUCGUCAAUUUCCUCAAACAACAAAACAUAAUUCACAUCCGUCUCUACGAUGCAGACCCCGACAUCCUCCGAGCACUGUCCGACACCCACAUUCGCGUCACCAUCAGCGUGCCCAACAACCAGCUCCUCGCAAUCGGUUCCUCCAACGCUACCGCGUUUUCCUGGAUCCGCAAAAACGUCGUCGCUUUCCACCCCCGCACCCUCAUCGCCGGGAUCUCCGUCGGCGACGAAGUCCUCACCACCGUCCCAUCCUCCGCUCCACUUCUCCUCCCCGCCAUCCAGUCCCUCCACGCCGCCCUCGUCGCUUCCAAUCUCCAAAACGACGUCGUCGUUUCCACCCCUCACUCUGCUUCCAUCAUCCUCGACCCUUUCCCUCCUUCUCAAGCUUACUUCAACCAAACCCUCUCCUCCUUCAUCCUCCCUCUCCUUCAGUUCCUCUCUGAAACUAACUCUCCCUUCAUGCUCAACCUCUACCCUUACUACGUCUUCAUGCAGAACAAGGGCUUGGUUCCUCUCGACAACACCCUCUUCAAGCCUCUUACCUCUUCCAAGGAAAUGGUGGACCCCAACACUCUGCUUCACUACACCAACGUUCUCGACGCUAUGAUCGACGCUGCUUAUUUCUCCAUGAAGAAUUUCAACGUCACCGAUGUUGUUGUUCUUGUCACCGAAACGGGUUGGCCUUCCAAGGGGGAUACGAAGGAGCCUUAUGCCACUAGGGAAAACGCUGUUACCUACAAUUCAAAUUUGAUUAAGCAUGUUUUGGAUCGUAGUGGAACCCCUUUGCAUCCGGAAAUCACUUCGAGUGUUUAUAUUUAUGAACUCUUCAACGAGGAUUUGAGGUCCCCGCCUGUGUCUGAGGCUAAUUGGGGUUUGUUUUAUGGGAAUGCUACGCCCUCUUAUUUGCUUCGUGUCUCUGGAAUUGGGACUUUUCUAGCCAAUGAUAAUGCCAAUCAGACGUAUUGUAUUGCCAUGGAUAGUGUUGAUUCCAAGACUUUGCAGGCUGCGUUGGAUUGGGCAUGUGGGCCAGGCCGGGCUAAUUGUUCUGAGAUUCAACCUGGGGAGACUUGUUAUCAGCCUAACAAUGUCAAGAAUCAUGCUUCUUAUGCCUUUGAUAGCUAUUACCAGAAUCAGGCCAAGUCUACUGGUUCUUGUGACUUCAAAGGUGUAGCUACCAUCACAACCACUGACCCCAGUCAUGGCAGCUGUAUAUUUCCUGGAAGUAAGAAUUUAAGCAAUAAGACAAAGCAAGUGGUGAACACUACUCAAUCAAGCAAUGCUGGGGAUAGUUUAAGAUUCAGCAGAUCCUUUAGCAGCAUCAAAAUAAGGGCAAUCCACAACUUUUUGCACAUUUACUUGGUUGCUGCUUUCCCCGCCAUGUUGUUAUUCCUUUUGUGAGGUGCAAAUAAUUCUCUUUGCUGUGUUUUCUGGGAAAGAGAAAAGGAUGGUGAGAUGGGGGAUAUGAUGGAUUAUUUUGUAUUUCUUAGAGCAAAGGAUAAGGGAAAAGUGAUUCUGGAUUACCUGCUUUCUAAACUUAGCGCUUAAGAUAGAUGCUCCCCUUCUAAGAAAGUAGGAUAUAUAAUUUUUAUGCGGGGAGUUCUUGUAACUAAAUAUGUGUCUCUUGAAUUUUUAUUUGUUAAUUUGUGUAGCAUUUGAGCAUAAUGGAAAUGAAUCUUCUUAUAUGAAUUUUGUGUACUUACACGGUUAUGACUUUAUGUAAAAGAAGAUAUCGAC